AAUGGACUCAGGAGGAGCUAAUACCUUUGUAGUUGAACCAAAGGAUGAGGAAAAGUAAAAAUUAUAUAAAAUUGAUUUAGAUUUUAUCCAUCAAAAGUUAGAAAAGUUAUUUAAGAGAUCAUGGAUGACAAAUUAAAAAGCGAAACUUAUGAUGCAAACAAUACACCUAUACUUGCAGAAGAACUAGUAAAGAGAAUAAGAAGUAAAAUUAGAGAUUGUAAGAAGAUUCAAGUUAUAUAUAGCUAUCAAAAUGCCAAGAUUUAAAAUUGCUGUUUAAGUAGUAAUUGGAGAGGUUAAAGGAUAGGGAUGUCAAGUUACAUCAAAGAAUCUUUGGGAUCCUACUUGGGAUAAUUAUGUUUCUCAUAUCUUUUAGAAUGUAAUCUGAAAUUAAAUUAAUAAGGAAACAAUUUAUGGAGUGGCAAUUGUUUUUGGUGUCUAUUAUGAAUGAG